AUGGCGCGCCGCGUGCCUCUCGACCUUCCAGAGGAAGCUGUCCAAGUGAUCAAGGAGGACGGAGGAGUCAUCCUCACGGGCUUCGCUUCGGCAAGCCAAGUCGAGCAAGUGAACCGAGAUGUCGACGAAAUACUGACGAGCAGAAAGAAUGACGAGGCUAAUCAAGCCCCGUGCUGCCAGGCAUUCAAAGCCUCCUUCAACGGACGGAUCUACUGCGGUCUCCUGUACGGACUCAGCGAAACGGCACGGGAAGAAUGGGUUCUGGACCCCAAUCUCCAGUCGAUCGUCAAUCACUUCCUCCGUACCGUGAACCCCCCCGGGGUGGACAGGAAUAGCGCGCCAGGCCGCAGCACGGAUGCCAUUCUCUCGCAAGCCAACAGCAUCCUCACCCUGCCAGGGGGUGCUGGACAGGCCUUGCACCGCGACGACAGCAUCUGGCAGAAAGUACACCCCGGCCAAGAGGCGACGGGCUACUGCUUGGGAUCGGACCUGGGGCUUGCGCUAUUGGUGCCAGGGGUUCCGACGACUCGUGCGAACGGAGCCACGUUGUUUGUCCCCGGAUCCCACCUCUGGGCCGACGCGCGCACCGUCACUGAUGACCAAGUCCGGGCCGUGGAGAUGCAGCCGGGCGAGGCUUUCCUUUUCCUGGGCUCAGCGCUCCAUGGGGGAGGGGCCAAUUCCACUCGCAGCCCGCGGCUGCUGCAUGCGAUCUUCUUCUGCCGCUCGUGGGUCCGCCCCGAGGCGAAUGAGUUUGCGUGGUGGACUGAGCAGGAGGUGGAGAAGUGGUCUGUGGAGGCGCAGAGGCUGGCGGGCUAUGUCACGGACAAGAUGCUGGGGAUUUGCGACGACGGGGAUCCCAUCGACGCUCUGCGCCGCCACCGGUGCAGACGAGGGGAUUCGGAAGGUGGAGUCGCGGCGGGUCCUCACCUCGGUGAUUAG